CUCGUGGAAACAAUCUCCAGUUCGCGUUUCGCCCGCACUGUGGCCGCCUGUCGCGCGCCGGCUCCGCUGCGAACCCCGCGAUCUUUCCCGAACUAGUGCAAUAUUCAAAACAAUUCGAAUUCAAACUUGUGUUCCAUUUUAUUUCUGUUUUUAAAAUUCCAGUUGUUUGUUAGUGUUUCUGUUUGAUCGGCCAGUGCUGUACUAUUGUUUGUAAUUAUAUUUUCGGCGUGUGUUGUGUAGUUUGUGGACAUCCGCAUUUAGCGAACUUACAUCUAAGGACAACAACACCCAUAUCAGUUUGGUGACCAGCAUCGCAUAAAAAAUUAAUAUUGGGCGUCCAUCAGCUGCAAACAAAAACAUUGACUGUCGCGCUAAGAUCGGGCGGAGCAACGCGUGCGAGGGCGGUUUGAUGGCGCGGUGACGCAGCAUGCGCCGCGUGCCGCUAGCCGCGCUCUUGCGCGUCAUCAUCAUAGCAGGCGGCGCUAAUUUCGUCAAUCCCUACGUAAGCGAAGACAGAGUAGACCUCAACCAAGUAUGGGUGGAGAUACCUUCAACCCUCGUGGCUUUGGGGGGAGAUGUCCACAUCAGGGUUCACGGCACAUCAGGCGGAGGGCUCAAGGUCCGCAUCGCUCGAGAAGACGAUGACGGACGAGCUCUCCUCGCCACCAUGCCUCUAGCACUCGACGCAGAGAACCGCAUGACCUUACCUUGCGGCUACUUCUCAAGAGGAGGCACUUACUACCUAGAACUUAUAUCAGAUAAGGAUCCAUACUUACCAGACUAUGACAACACGACAGAAGUCAAAAGGAAUAUUGACAACAAAGUUAAGAGAGAUGUCAGUGAUGGGAGUUUAAUGGAGACAGGAGACAGCGUUGUGAAAUCCUGGAAAUUUGACGUCAUGUGGCCGACGGCGAACUUGGAUGUGACUCCAGAACAGAUUCAGACGUACCCUGAGAGACAGGUGAUGGCUUUACUGGAGUUUCCAAGGGUUGUGUGCACUCCAAUUGAGUCGAGUGCAGACUUUUGGCUUGAGUUGCUGUAUUGUGGACAUUCGAGCGGUGGCGCGGUGCUAUGCGAUGGAAAGAAUACCAGCUCGCAUGCACAUGUUUUGUAUUCUGAACAGAUGCACGGGUUCCCAGGUCGUCGCACGAUGACCCUGCGUUGUGAACUCUUCGGCCAGGCGGGGGACUACGCGCUGACCCUCAGGCCGGCAGCCGCAGCCGGGCCGCAGGAUCUGGCCACUGCUUUUAUUAAAGCGGACUGGUCAGAACAAUUCGUGCUGAACGUGCACGGUGGGUCGGUGUUCCCCUGCGGAGACGGAGUCAGGGUGCUGUUCCAGUACCCGGAGUGCGUGCUGGAGGGAGCUGAUAGAGUCAGGGUGUUCGGCAGAGACGCUGAUCGGCUGCGGUAUGUCGCUGAGAGGAGGGUUCGCAGGGGUCAGCACACAGCCUCCUUCGACUGCCGACUGUUCAGCGAGCGUUACCCGGAGUACUGCUUCGUGUACGUGUCACAGGCAGUCACCGGGGCAGUCGCUGAUGUUAGGAUGGACUGCCUCCCAACGAUGCCGCUGUCAGCAGACGGCGGCGCGGGCGGCUGGGGGGCGUGGUCAGCAUGGUCGGCGUGUCCGGCGCCCGCGCACUGUUCUACGCGCACGCGCAGCAGGCACCGCUUCUGCGAUUCCCCGCCCCCUGCUUAUGGAGCGAAGCUUUGUGAGGGUCAAGCAGUAGAGCUGGCCGCCUGCGAGUGUGCAGCACGACCCUGGGCAGGAGACUCCACCAUGGUGGUGGCUGAGGUCGGAGCUAGGUGCCGCUGUGGCUGCGUGUUGCACCUGGCACCUGCUGCGAGGUUGCUGGCAGGGUCUGCCAGGGCCUGCCCUGCGAGAUCGUUCUGGUUGCUACAGGCUGAAGAAGGUCUAGUAGUGAGACUGCGUAUGGAGGCAGUGCGACUUCCGUGUGCUGGUCAGUCACUCCGGGCCAGAGAUGGAGACUCCUUGGGUUCACCUCUCCUCGCCUCCUGGGAUGGACCUGAUAGUACUGCUGUGACUGCCGGAGACGUGGAGUCCACAACAGAUGGCAGUGGCGUCAUAGAGAUAGCUGGUGGGCGCCACAUCCUCGUGGAACUGCGGUCUGAUGACACCAGCGACCGCUGCGCCGGCGGAUUCCUGGCUCAUGCCACGCAGAUGGAGCCAAUCCGCAACGCAUCAGCAGCUUGGGCAUCAAUGAGUGGCGGCCUCUGGUGGCGCUCGGGCGGAGGCGCGCGUGAGGUGGCCGUCGCACUAGCAGCCGCUGCAGCGCUGGCUGCGUUGUGUCUAGCGCUGCAUUCAGCGCACCGGACGAGGGCGUACCAGAGAGCUGCGGAUAAGGACUCGCUUACUGAUAGUGAUGCAUGUUCAGCCUCCUUAGAACUGGGAGGGGCAGCAUCAGGUUCACGCAGCACGCUACUCUCCGAAGUAGUAGGCGGUGGUGUGUCACUGCGCAGGCUGCUACCUUCGGGGAAGACCAGGCACACCAGGCUGAGGGACUCCGAUAGGAACUCUGAACAUGUGGAGCAGAGGGACGAAGAAGACCCAACAACGGACAUUGAAGCGGACGCGAACGACAACACAAGCGUAGCCAGCGCAGACAGCGUCGCAAGUCAAGCCACUGUCACUCCAGAAACAGUGUCUUCUAGCAGUGCUCCUGUGACCGGGAAUGUUAUUCACACGCCGUCACCUCUGAGGAGAUCACAUACCGUGUCUGUGACUAAUGUGACUGCUGUGCCACAGAUAACAUCCCCACCCCAAUCAACGACGGACUCGCUGGCAGUGGAAAUGAGCACCAGCGUGAGUAGCGUGAGUGAAAGGGACAGCUGCAGCGAGAAGGACAGGGACAGCAUGUGGGACAAGGAUCGCAGUGUGAGCAGAGCCUCUUCUUCAACGUCUGCAGCUACACUGACUAACGGUUGGUACUCACCAGCGCUAAGCGGCGUGUCAGCAGCUCGCAUCAGGGACAAUCCGAAGCACACGAAGGAGUCUUGCAACCGUCGCCUGCUGCGGUCUGACCUCAGCCUUACUUCGCACCCGGAGAUGGAGAUAGACUAUUAUGAUUACGAAGUCAAUAAUGCUGGUUCAGUUCCUGGCUCGUACUUGGGAAUGGAUCCAGCGUUCCUGGUUUGGAUACCACCGCUUGAAGAAGGCGACAUUCUUAAGGAAAUUGAUGAAAAUAAGGUGCCAAUUUAUGAGGAGAUUCUUCCAAAAGAACUUCACCCAGACCCCGGCAGCAACACUGAGUCACCCGAAGACAGACCAUCUUCCAGCACUCUGAAGAGGAACCCGGACAACCGCAUCAACAGAUCCAACGAGUCCAUCAAAUCUUUCCGCAAAGUCAUCGAGAAAGGCAACAUAAUACACCCCCUCAACUUCAGCAUCAGUGAUUUGCAAAACUCACCCAAAAUGUCUAAGAGAAACAAGAAGAAGAAAGCCGAAAGUCCCGUGACGAUACAAAUGAAGGAUCUGACGCUAACACGAUCGCCAGUCAGAGUCCACAGAAAAGAGAAUCGGAGUGACUUCGACACUUCGACUUUGAAAAGAGUUAACGAAGCCAAAGAAAAAGAUGCCGAUACUUUAAAAAGAAACGAUUUUGCUGACAUAAAGUUUGCCGAUGAAAAUUCGGAUUCGUCAAACGAAAUAAAAUUUGCUGACGAUUCACCGGAUAGCAAUAGGAUUGUUGAUAAAUACAAUGUUAGGACUUAGGAUUUUAUGAUACAGUUUCGGAGACUACGUUCUUGAUGUUGAACCUGGUAGAUAGAAAUACUUUUUGUGUACUCCUUAAUUAUAAAAAAAUGUGAUUAAUCAACCUUCCUGUCCCAGUGUAUCAGUCAUUGAGGGUUUUCAUAUAUUCUUUCUGAAUAUAAAAGCAAAUAUAAAAGUUACCAAACAAUAAGCUGAUGUAAGUCGUGUAUUUUUCUAUAAUCAAGGGGUAAUAAAUCCUUUAAUUUUAUUACAAAAUAUUCCCAUUUCCCAUUAGUUGAAUGUAAGGACCAAUCUGUGAAUAAAUCCGACAUAUUAGCUCUCAUAUCAUCAAAACAUAUUUUUCAAUGUCAUAUACCAUUUAUCACCAAUGUAAGGUAGUCACACAUUUAGUCAUAGAAUUUUAUAAUUAAAACUAAUCGUUAGUAGAGUUGUAGAAUUCACUUGACCGUCACUAAUAUAAAGUAAUAUUAAAUGACACUUUGAAUGUAGAAAAAGAAAUAGUAAAACAACAGAAAAGUUCCGAAAAAUUGGCUCUUAAAUGGUCAUUCUGAAAGUAAAAUAUUUAUUAUACUGAACUCGUAUUUCAAAAAUCGAAUACAAAUAUAACAUUUUUGAUUAAAUUAUAAAGACGGAGCUAUUUCUUUUUCUACAUUAAAAGUAAAUAAAUGUUACACGCAUUGUAUAAUACCAUUGCAUUUUCUGAUUGUUCGCGAAUAUAAAUAUUAUUUAGUUUUUAUUAAUAACUUAUUAGUACAUCGCUGUGCCCCCGCUGCCAAAGUGUAGUUAAUAUCUUGAAUUUCAGUCAGAAUAUAAUUUUAAUAUUUAUUAGAAGACUGACUUCGGGCAGUGCAAUAAAUAUUAUUUGAAAAAAUGUCGACUGUAUUUUUCGAUCUCUUGAAAUUCUAGUCAUUUCAUGCCAAAGAUUAAUUUUGAGGUACUUGGCUCUUUUUUUUACAAAACUUUUUUUUAGUUUCGUAGAAAAAUAAUAAGCAGUCGUAAUUAAGGCUUAUAUUUGCAUUUCGUAAGUUAUUAAUUGCAUUUAUUUAUUAAAGGAAACUAGCAUUAAGUACAUUAUCGUAUUGUUUUUAAUAUUAUUGUAUAUUUAGGUAAGUGAGUCCUCAUGUUUGUUUUCAUGUUUUAUUUGUGGACGCUCCAUUAAAGACAUUUUUAUUUUGUAAUUUGA